CUCACGAGAUAGAUUCCCUUUCAGGCGCUCGUUCGCUUCGUCUCGAACGCUCCUCUUCUCACUCUCACUCGCGUCACGUGACGACACACCGGUGUCAAGAACCGCGACGAAAAUGGCCGAAGGCGCAGUCAAGAACGGCGAGCGAGAGGCGAGUGUCGGUGCCUACGACCUCGAUAUGAUCAAGGACAGUCUGAAGGCGGAGAUACGACGCGAGUUGAAGAUCAAGGAGGGCGCUGAGAACCUCGCGAAGGUGGCGAAGGACAAACGGUCGCGCAGCGAGGUGAGCUCGAUACUCAAGCAGUCGAAUCACAAGCUACAGGAGCUGCACAAGCAGUUGAACGAGGUCAACGCUCAGGUGUCGGAUACGGGUGCUCUCUUCCCUCGUGGGGCCACAUCACCUGGUGAUGUGCCUUCCGGUGAGGCAGCUCGUUCUCGCUUGGACAAACUGGAAAAACAAUUAGCAGUCGAACUAAAAGUAAAACAAGGCGCCGAGAACAUGAUGAAAAUGUACGAGGACAGGAAGGACAAACGAAUGCUCACUGAAGCGAUGCAGAUGUUGGCCGAUGCCAAACAGAAGGUGGAGGUUCUGAGGAUGAAGAUACUGCAGGAGCAGACGCAGAGCCUGUUGGCUGCUGAGGAGGCGAACGAUAGGAAUGGUGAGCAUAAUGCUCAGAGUGAGAUGAUGGAGUUGGAGGAGAGGAUCGAGGAGUUGAAGCAUCGGAUCGAUAUUGAAACGAGAGUCGUCGCUGGGUGUAAGAAUAUUUUGAGGACUUUUCCAGAUAAGAAGGCUCUCUUGGAGGCACAGACGAGACUGGAGGAAUCGUCGCAUAAACUGGAGCUGCUGAGAUUGUCGCUUGAUCAUCGAAUAACGGAGAAGGAAGGAUCAGUUGUGAACGAGAACGGACGGAGAAGGAGCACUGAAAUUUUGGCUCAUGAUAAACAUUUCGAUCAUCUUAUUGAAGACACGGUAGGCGCUACAAACUCGUCUCCACUCAGUGCUCGUCGACCGUCUACGGUAGUAGCCAGAACUGCCGCCAUCACAGGCACUCUGUUUGUCAGUCUGACGGGCGUCGAUGACUUGAUGGAUCCCGUUCAGAGAGUACGGAGAGCGAGUGGUUCGUCUGUCGUUCCGGCACGAGGCUACACUCUUAGUGCCCCGAUACAGAGUGGUAAUCUUGAUGUGGCUAAGGAGCAUUAUAGGACGAAGUCGAUGAGGACGAGAUUUAGUGGAAGUACUCCGGAUACGAUGUCUGGCAAUAGCAUAAAAGCGAUCGUAAAGCUUGACCAAAAAGAAGUUGCUCACACAGCGUGGAAAAUUCCCUCCAGCAACGCAUGGGAACAAGCGUUCAAAAUCGAUCUUGACAGGUCUCGAGAGCUUGAAAUCACAUUUUUUCAUCAUGGGACGAGCUCACUCUGUGGGCUGGUGUACCUUCGACUCGGCGCAUUUUUGGACUCUAAACUUCAUUCGCUUGCUCUGCCAGUCGAGCCACAAGGACAAGUUUAUCUACAAGUUCAGUAUGAACAGCCUCAGGUUGAUCGACAGCCGGUGAAGCUGAGGAGGCAGAAGAAAUUGUUUUUGAUUGGAAAGGGGAAAGGCAAGUUCCUACGAGCCGGUGACAUGAACAUCAGUAACGUAGCAACUUGGGCACGAAUGCUAAAACGUGCGGCUCCACAAGUGCCCAUCUGUUCGUCAUCAACGUCAGCCAGUUCACAGCAGAGCUCACCAUUCAAUCCACCGAUACGAACCUCGGAGACGAACCAAACGCGACUCUCUACCAACAAACCUGAAACUCUUGAUUCGAAAUCAUAUGUGGGUGAUGAUGAGUAUGGAUGGAAGUCAAUGGGUAUGAGAGAUCCGACGGUCAGACUGACACCUGUUGUGUUAGUGACGGAAAGUACGCCUAGAAGGAGUGUGGUAGGCUCGAAACAUGUUUCUGUUAUUAUGGUGGAGGGAGAGGAAGUGAGGGAGACUGAACUAACACAAGACGAAGAGUCUGCAUUAUCGGCGUUCAAGUUUCUGGAUGAUACCGGGUCGCCGAGUAACAGCACUCUUAUGCUGUCUGCUCUGUCUGUCUCUCAGUCAGUUAGUCCUUCGCCGUCAGACUUAUCUUCACAGCCUUCGCAUCAAGAACGAGAGGGAUUGAUGGGACGGCAGACCGAGGCUGUUGCUGUGGCCGUUGGAGGGAGAUCGACUGGUCAAGAAGGUUUGUCAAUAGGAGGCGUAUCUCAGCAUCGCAGUAUAGACAACUACAGCUGCAUUGCAGUAUUAGGAAGAGGACACUUUGGCAAGGUUCUACUUGCUCAAGAAAAGGAGACUCGUGAGGUUAUCGCCAUCAAAGCUCUAAAGAAAGGCGACGUCAUUGCACGAGAUGAAAUUGAGAGUUUAUUGUCUGAGAAGCGGAUAUUUGAGAUUGCCAAUGAAAUGCGACAUCCGUUUCUGAUUAAUCUUUACUGCUGCUUUCAAACCAAGGAACACGUUUGCUUUGUAAUGGAAUAUGCUCCUGGUGGUGAUCUAAUGAUGCACAUUCAUAACGAUGUAUUUAGUGAACGACGAGCGAGUUUUUAUGGUGGGUGUGUGGUGCUUGGUUUAGAGUAUCUUCAUUCGAAAGGAGUUGUGUACAGAGAUCUUAAGCUCGAUAACUUAUUACUGGAUGAAGAAGGCUAUCUCAAGAUUGCCGACUUUGGCCUCUGCAAGGAAGGCAUGUGGUACGGUUGUAAGACCGGCACUUUCUGUGGUACUCCUGAGUUUCUUGCUCCUGAGGUGCUGACGGAUACGUCGUACACGAGAGCUGUGGACUGGUGGGGAUUGGGUGUUCUAAUAUAUGAAAUGAUGGUUGGAGAGUCCCCGUUUCCUGGUGAUGAUGAGGAAGAAGUAUUCGACGCAAUCGUGAACGAUGAAGUUCGUUACCCACGUUAUUUAUCUGGUGAAGCAAUUGGCAUCAUGAGACGACUUCUCAGAAGAAAUCCCGAGAAGAGGCUUGGCGCCAGUGAAGCAGAUGCCGAAGAGAUUAAGAAGCAGCCAUUUUUUAGAUCUGUUGAUUUCGACAAGCUACUUUUGCGGAGAGUCAAGCCACCGUUUAAACCCACGAUUAAAUCGCCUCACGAUGUUAGUAAUUUUGAUGAGGAAUUCACUCGAGAGAUGCCUGUUCUUACACCCGCAAGGGAUCCAAGGCCGAUAAUGGACGAAGAGCAGGCUCUUUUCAAUUCAUUCGACUACAUAGCCGACUGGGUGUAGAUGAUGACAUUGUAUAGUAACACGCCAACACCAUGUGGAGGCACAUCCCAUCGUAGUAGCCACACUACUACAAACUAGUUCUCGACCCAUAACUUUAGAUUAAACGAAUUUAAUCUCACAGCUUUUCAGCCAACUAAUUAAUCGUUCUACCAUUGCUUUUCAUGAAAAUAAACGAGCUUCACUCUGA